AAUUUAUUUGUAUACCCAUAGACCUUAUAAUUAGAUCUAUGUUUGUAACCAUUUGUAAUUCAUGAAAAAGGUGAUAAAUAUUAGUAUUGUAUGGAUUAUUGUCAACUAAUAUAGAAGUCAAAAAAUGUUGGUUUUGCACCUUCUGGCUAUUUUUGUAUGUUUGGGAUGUCCGUGCUGUUGUUUAAUCAGUUGUGAAAUUCCUGAACCCCUUCGGGGACAAUGGUUUGCUAGAGAGAAUGAAGAAAAUACAUUUAUUGCAUUAGAUGACCGAAGUAUGAAGGACAAAGGCUUUUGCUAUGAAAUUAAAGAUAAUGUUGGGCUAGAUUAUACCAUUGUUUUUAGAAAUUUCGAUCAAAAUUGUUUUCAAUGCAUUCGAUUUUUUGUCCGUUCAAAAAAUGUUAUUGAAAAAAUGGAAGGUUCAUGUCUAAAUAUUGCCGAACAUGAAGCUUCAAUUGGACAAGUUUGUCAAGAUUUGAAUCCUCAUCAAGAACUUACAACAUUAUUUUCUGACAUUUAUCUGCCAACAAAUUGUAGAUCUUCAUUAGAAGGAGUUUGGAGCUUUAGCUAUCAAAAUAAUUUUAAAUUUGAAGGUACCUGCAACAAUCCUAUAUCUCGAAUUGAUGCCUGUGGGAAACCUGAGGAUUCUUUUAAUAUAACUUAUGGAAAGUGCGACUGGAUACAGGGAGCUUAUGGUAGAAGUGUUAACUACAAAUGUUUAGGAGAUUGGUAUAUAGGUCAGGACCAUUUUAUUGCUGUAAUAAAUCCAAAUGAAGAGCGUAGGGAGGACCAGUAUAGGUGUUUUCUCAAAAAUGAUAACCAACAAAUCAGCAUAUCAAAAAGUGCUGAAUGUUCCAGUUUAAGGACAUCAGAUUAUAUUCCAGAAACACUGUACCCAAGUCAAAUUUCAGGGUGUCGUGCUGCUAACUGUUCAAUUCCAGUAAUUCUACGUGGCCAGUGGUUUUCCUGGGAAAAUGGUAGAAAUACUCUAACUGAAUUAGAUGUUACCAAAAUGUCUGAUAGAGGGACUUGUCAUGAUAUUCGCGAUAGACUACAUGUAAAUUAUACUAUUGUUUUCCAUAAUGAGUUAAAAAAUUGCUUUCGUUGUGUGAAGUUAAUGGUUAGAACAGUAAAUGUUUUAGAGAAAAUGGAAGGAGCUUGUGUAACACUGCCUGAACAGGAGGCUACUGUAGAACGCGUUUGCCAAACUUUAGAUCCUCAUCAACAGCUAAUAACGCUAUUUUCCGAGAAUUAUGUACCUGUAAAUUGCCGAUCUUCAUUAGAAGGUGUAUGGAAUUUUGCAUACCAAAAUCGGUUCAAAUUUACUGGCGAGUGCAAAAACCCUGAUGCUCAAAUUCGGUCAUGCCAGACUGCCGGAUCACAAUUCUUGAUUACGAAUCAAAAAUUUAAUAUCACAUAUAAAAAAUGUGAAGGAAUGGCAGGGACAUUUGAUGGCGUUGUUGAGUACAGUUGCCUGGGUGACUGGUUUGUCGGUAAGAACCACUACUUCGCUGUUGCCAAUACGAAAGAAUCGCGUAAAGAUGAAAAGUAUAGAUGCUUUUUAAGAAAUCGAGAUGAUGACUUGUAUGUUGGUGUUUCUAUUACCGCGGAAUGCAACACUCUGAAAACUGUCGAAAAAAGCCCUGAAAGAUUGCAUGUAAAACCCGUUAAGUCGGAAGUUGUGGAACCGGGUUGUCGCCUACCACAAAAUUUUACUGGAGAGUGGAUUAAUACCGCCAAUAUUGAUGCGGAUGUUGCUAUAAAUGAGACUCAUAUUGUUGAAACUUGGUAUCCAGAUGAAGGCCGUUUUCGUAGAACAAUAUAUGUUUGUAAAGAGCAAAGGGAUACAAGAGUAAUGAUGGCUCGAUUAACUGUGGAUGGGUGCCAAAAAGACUAUAUCUGCUUUGAUUUCGUACCUCAGCACCACAAUGUGAUUCGUUACAGAAAAGGAAUUGCUGUGAUCAAAGAUGAUUUUAGCACUGUUUGCUCGUGGGUCCAAUUUAAGAACAAGAUUAAAUGGAAGUAUGAUUUGUUUUUGAAAAAGAAUCCUGUACCUAUUAAGUGUCCAGUUGCCGGGAAAUUCAGUUUUAUUCAGAAAGGAGAUGUGCCUUUUGAAACUCGAAUUCUUGGUGGAGUAACUCAAAGCCCUAGACCAAAUAUAUACUGCAAGCAAAAUAUUUCUGAUUUUUCUGUGUGCGAUGAACAGAAAGAAAUUGCUAUUGAUGAAAAUUAUUGCUUAUCCGUUGAUCAUCGUGGCAAACCUGUCGAUAUUUAUAGCGACCCUGACUAUAAAAUGAAGUGCAUAGGGUUUUGGAAAGAAAAUUUAAAAUCAUAUCUUAUUACAUAUGACGAACUGGAUCCCUUCUCUAAAUAUAGAUGUUGGGUUUAUCAGAGGGCAGACUUAAAUCGAAUAUUAAUGUCGCAAGCUAUUGGACCUUACUGUGAUUUGAAACAAAAUGUGGAUUCAACAAAUUAUACCGAGGGCGCUACAGUUGCCCUCCAAAUGGAGGAAUAUGAGAGAGAAAGGGAUCGUUGUCCUAUGUAUUUUGAUGAUGGAUCAAAUCCAUGGUUCAAUCCAGAAAAUACUGUCAUUCAGUUUGACUUUGGCUUAGGCUAUCUAAGGAGUUCUGGUUCAGUGGCAUUUUCAGUGAAUUCAAUAUUUCAGAUCUGGUGUUUUUGUUUAAUUAUUUUUAAAUACAUUUAGGCAGUCAGUUUAGGAAUACGUUUUGUCUUUUCUACCGGUCAAUUAAUUGGUUAAUAAUAGUUCCAGUAAUAGUGGUUCAUUUUCAAUAUUUUUUUAUUUCAUUAUCGGACAUUAUUGACUGUGUACAAAAAAAAUAAUAGGCAUGCGGGGGCUGUGGAAAAUUAUAAAUGUGGGUACUUAUGCAUGUUUUGAUCAAUUGAUUGUCAAAUAAGAAUAUUUAGAUGAAUAACUAUUUGUUGCAAUGGGUAAAGUGAAGUCAAAGAUAUAAUAUAAUAAUAAUAUAAGAUUAAAAGAUCCAACAAAAUAUUUUCCAAUAAUUUUUAUUCCAAAUGGUGCAAAAAAAAAGAAAAUAAUGAUAGAGUUGUGUAAAAAGAGUUACUUAAGUAUUUUAUUAUGACCAUUCUAUUAUUUCAAGUUGAUAUCUUUGCUUUUUUUUUUUUAAUCGGAUCUAUGAAACUGACAAUUUCUUUAAUUUUAGGUGACAAAGUUGCAUUUCUAAAUAAUGUCCAUCCUCUAAAAUUACGAACUGUUCACAUGGUUUUAUUAGGCGAACGGAAUAUCAAAUUUUUGUUAUUAGUACUUUGUCUUGUGGAUGUGAAAAGAUUUAAAAAUUUUAGUAAAUGAGUCCAUUGUUGCAGUUUUAUGUAAUUUUGAGGAACAGUAUUAGUACCAUAAUUUUGUCUAUACUAAUAAAUAUAUUUUCUCGAGGAUUAUGACGAAUUUGAUACAAUCUUCAGUAUAAUAUAACAGAUAAUUUAAAGAAAUUGCUUUUUCAUACUGAUUAUUAGCCAUGUUUCGAGAGACUGUGCAAGUGACUUUAUGGUUAUUAUUAAAAUUACUUAAAUUUAAAGUUACUUUUAAAAUCAUGAUUUUUUUAUAGGUUUUAUAUUUUGUUAUAUACAUAUGUACUUACUUAAUUUUUGUAUUCAUUUUCAAAUAAAUUGUCUAAUAGUGCUGUUA